UAGAGAAAGACGAGAAAGAGUAUUACGAGAAAUCAAAUAAAUGGCGACGUCGAUGCAAGUGAAGAACAAGACACCAGCACCGGUGCAAAUCACAUCGGAACAAAUUUUCAGAGAAACGCGUGAUAGGCAAGAUGAUCAGACCCAACCACCGCCUAAGCACAAUAUCAACGAUUCGUCUGAGGUUUCCGACUACAGACUCCGACGUCGGAAGGAGUUUGAGGACCAGAUCCGCGGAGCCCGAACGAAAAAUCAAAUUUUUGUGAGGUAUGCGGACUGGGAAGAGUCGCAAAAGGAUUACGCGCGUGCUCGUAGCGUGUGGGAACGAGCUUUGGCAGACGGUAACAAGAAUCAUACGCUCUGGCUCAAAUACGGAGAGUUUGAGAUGAGGAACAAAUUCGUAAACAGUGCCAGGAACGUGUGGGAUCGAGCCGUGAUGCUUCUCCCUCGCGUGGACCAGCUCUGGUACAAGUUUAGUGACAUGGAGGAGAGACUUGGGAAUAUCGCCGGAGCUAGACAGGUCUUCCAACGGUGGAUGGAAUGGUCACCUGAUCAACAAGCUUGGCUCUCUUUCAUUAAAUUCGAACUUAGAUAUAACGAAGUCGAGCACGCUAGAUCCAUCUUCGAGAGAUUUGUGCUUUGCCAUCCAAAAGCUUCUGCUUUUAUUCGAUUUGCAAAGUUUGAGAUGAAGAACAGUGAAGUUGCGGUCGCGAGGAGUGUGUACGAGCGAGCCAGGGAGAUGCUGAAAGACGUAGAAGAAGAAGCUGAGUUUAUCUUUGUGGCCUAUGCUGAGUUUGAAGAACGGUGCAAAGAAGUGGAGCGGGCUAGGGUUAUCUACAAGUUUGCUCUUGAACAUAUCCCUAAAGGAAGAGGUGGGGAUUUGUAUAAGAAGUUUGUGGCGUUUGAGAAACAAUAUGGGGAUAAAGAAGGUAUUGAGGCUGCCAUUGUUAGCCAGAGAAGGUUUCAGUAUGAAGAUGAAGUGAGGACGAACCCUUUGAACUAUGAUUCCUGGUUCGAUUACAUUAGAUUAGAGGAGACUCUAAAGAACAAGGACAGGAUCAGAGAAAUCUAUGAGAGGGCUAUUGCUAAUGUUCCACCUGCUCAGGAGAAACGAUACUGGCAGAGAUAUAUCUAUCUGUGGAUUGAAUAUGCAAUGUAUGAAGAGAUUGAAGCUGAAGAUGUGGAGCGUACAAGAGCUGUAUACAGAAAAUGCCUCAAGCUUAUCCCGCACGCAAAAUUCUCUUUUGCCAAAAUAUGGUUGCUUGCUGCACAGUUUGAGAUCAGGCAACUGGAUCUCACUGGUGCUCGGAAGAUAUUAGGGAACGCCAUUGGCAAAGCUCCAAAGCAUAAGUUAUUCAGGAAAUACAUUGAGAUCGAACUCCACCUGGGAAACAUAGAUAGAUGUCGAAAACUGUACCAUCAGUAUCUUGAAUGGUGUCCUGAGAAUUGCUAUGCUUGGAGAGAGUUUGCUGAGUUGGAGAGGUCUCUUGCUGAGACAGAACGAGCUAGAGCUAUUUUUGAACUUGCAAUAUCCCAGCCUGCUCUUGACAUGCCCGAGUUGCUAUGGAAGGCAUACAUUGAUUUUGAGAUAUCAAUUGGGGAAUUAGAGAGAACAAGAACUUUAUAUGAGCGACUCUUGGAGCGUACAAAGCAUUACAAGGUGUGGCUUAGUUUCGCAAAGUUUGAAGCUUCUGCUGCUGAAGACAAUGUUAUUCUUGAACACUCGAGAGUGAUUCUCGAUAAAGCCAACACAUACUACAAAGAGUCUAAACCGGAGCUGAAGGAAGAAAGGGCUACUCUGUUGGAGGAUUGGCUGGACAUGGAGAAGAGUUUUGGUAUGCUUGUGGAUAUCAGUGUUGUUCAGUCGAAGCUCCCGAAGAAGCUCAAGAAGAGAAAGGCAAUCACAAGAGAAGACGGUUCAACAGAGUAUGAAGAAUACAUGGAUUAUGUGUUCCCAGAAGAAUCGGAGACGACAAAUCUCAAGAUUCUUGAAGCUGCUUAUAAAUGGAAGAAGCAGAAAGUUGCUGCUGUCUGAGGAUUAUUUGUAGUGUUGAGUUGUUUUUUUUUCCUUUAAUUCUAUGUACAUCCAUCCUUACUCAUCUGUUCGAAUUAGUGUAGCAGUCGUAUCAUCCAUCCAAGCAAACACAAAUUUGAUUUGCUUUUUGUU